AUGACGCCAAAUGAGCUCAUAUAUCUGCCAAUUGAGAAGUUGUGUCUGGCCCUUGUAUUCGCCAUCAGGAAGCUCAAGCACUAUUUUGAAGCACAUACAAUUCGUCUAGUUUCCAGGGCAAACCCAGUGAAGUAUGUCAUGGAAGAGGAGCUGUCCAGUGACCUACCUGAUGAGGAUGUGCUUGUGGUUGAAGUUUUACCUUCGUGGAAGAUGUACUUUGAUGGAGCAGCACACAAAGAGGGGGCAGGCGCUGGAGUUGUCUUUGUUACGCUUGAAGGGGAAAUGCUUCCUUAUUCAUUUACCUUGACAGAACGCUGCUCGAACAAUGUUGCCGAGUAUCAGGCACUCAUUUUCGGACUUGAAAUUGCAGCUGAUAUGAAGAAGCUAAGGGUUAAUAUAUAUGGGGACUCCAAACUAAUUAUUAAUCAAGUACUUGGGGUUUACGAAGUAAAAAAGCCAGAGUUGAUCCCAUACAACAGUUAUGCAAAGACGCUCCUACAUUGGCUAGGAGAUGCUACGAUGGAGCACAUUCCAAGGAAACAUAAUAAGCAAGCCGAUGCCUUAGCUGCUUUGGCUUCAACUAUAUCACAUCCUAUAGAUGAGGCUCGGUUACAAGUAUGCCAAAAAUGGGUGGUCCCUCCAAUCUUCGAAGACGAUGGCUCUCUUGACAACAUUGUUGAACUCCCGACUGCUUCUGUCUAUGAGGUAGAUAAAGAGGAUUGGAGGCAAUCAUUGAUUGACUACCUUGUUGAUGGGAAGUUACUUCAAGAUCCUCGUAGGAGGGUAGAUGUAAGACGUCGAGCUCCUCGCUUCAUAUAUUUCAAGGAUGCGCUAUAUCGGCGCUCGUUUGAUGGCGUGUUUCUUCGAUGUUUAGGCGAAGAGGAAGCUUUACAAGCGAUGGAGGAGGCUCACUUUGGAGUGUGCGGUGCUCAUCAAUCUGGUUCUAAGUUACAUUUUCACAUCAAAAGGAUGGGUUAUUACUGGCCUACGAUGUGGGCUAAAGCAGUGGCUUUAAAGGAAGUGAAGAAGGAAAAUGUUGCAGACUUCAUCCGAGUUCACAUUAUCUAUCGUUUUGGCAUUCCUCGGUACAUCCUAACCGACAAUGACAAACCAUUCGAUAAUAAAUUGAUGGAUAAAAUCUGCAAACUUUUUGAGUUCGAGCAAAGAAAUUCAUCAGCUUAUUAUGCCGCUGCAAAUGGACUUGUCGAGGCUUUUAAAAAAACUCUAUGCAAUCUACUAAAAAAGGUGGUGUCGAAGUCAAAACGUGAUUGGCAAGAGAUGAUGGAAGAAGCACUGUGGGCAUACAGAACUACAUACCGUACACCAACGCAAAGCACUCCAUACUCACUGGUAUAUGGGGUUGAAGCAGUUUUGCCUCUUGAACGCCAAAUACCUUCUCUAAGGUUAGCUAUCCAAGAAGGCCUUACAGAUGAGGAUAAUGUAAAGUUGCGGUUGGCAGAGUUAGAAGCUCUCGACGAGAAGAAGUUGCAGGCUCAACAAAGUUUAGAAUGCUAUCAAGCUCGAAUUUCUAGGGCUUUCAACAAAAGGGUAAGGAUUCGCUCAUUUCAGGUUGGUGACAAGGUGUUGGCGGUUCGUAGACCUAUCAUUAUUACAAGGAAAACUGGGCACAAGUUUACUCCAAAAUGGGAUGGACCUUACGUGGUACAAGAAGCAUACUCAGGGGGUGCUUACAAGCUAAUUGAUGAAAAUGGUGUGCGAGUUGGCCCUAUUAACGGGAAAUUAUUAAAGAUCUAUCAUCCUUAA